AUGGCGCCUAAGCGAAAGGCGCCGGCCAAGAUCGCCCAACCCCUGGUCAGACAGAGCGCAAAACAGACGCUCAAGGCGAACGUCAAUGAAGCCGAUACGGCCGUCUCUGGCAUCGACGCCCUCAAGUCGGAUGCCAAUGGUGUCGCCGAGGACGUGAUAGAAAUCUCCAGCGACGCCGCCAGCAGCGAAUACGAGCUCUCCGAUGGCGAAGACACCGCUGGAGCCCAAAAAGCACACAAGCCAAAAGACGCCAGCUCCAAACCGGCCGGCAAUGGCGGUCUUGACACAGACAUGGCCUCGCCCGAUGCGCCUCAGAACGACGGCGAUGGCGCCGAGUCGGACCAAGAACUUGCAGCCCCCACCUUUGGUGAUCUCGUCCGCGCAAACGAGACCAUCGAUGUCCCCUCGGCCCUCUCGGCGCAACAGCCGUCCGCACUGACUGCGCCUGGCAGGCAAUUAGCCCCUCCGAGCCUCGCAUCUCUCGGCACUGUACUCUCCCAAGCUCUUCGGACUGACGACGCCGACCUGCUUGAAUCCUGUCUCCACACGACCGAUUUCACAACCAUCCGCAACACGAUCCAACGUCUAGACUCCUCUCUAGCAGGAACCCUGCUCACCAAGCUGGCUUCGCGGAUGCACAGACGGCCCGGCAGGGCUGGCAGCCUCAUGACAUGGGUGCAAUGGACCUUGGUCGCUCAUGGUGGCGCGCUCGCGACACAGCCCGGCCUGGUGAAGAAGCUGAGCGAAUUAAACCGAGUGUUGGAGGAGCGCUCAAGGGGCUUGGGCUCGCUCUUGGCGCUGAAGGGCAAGCUGGACAUGCUGGAGGCUCAGAUGCAGCUGCGGCGGAGUAUGCAACAUCACGGAGACUCGGACUCGGACUCGGAUGGCGACGGGGAGGAAGGCAUUGUCUACGUGGAGGGAGAAGAGAGCGAUGCCGAGAUGGCCAAUGGCGACAUGGAUCUCGACGACGAGGACUUGCCGGCCACGAAUGGCUUCAUCGACGACGAAGCUUCGGAAGACGACGACGACUACAGCGAGGAUGAUGACGACGAGGAGUUGGUUGGAGCGGAAGAGCCCCUGGAUGAGAAUGAAGUUAACCACUCUGACAUCGAGUCGCUGGGAGAGGACGAGGACAGUGACGUCGAAGCAGCGCCGCCAGCCAAGAGAGGACGCAGGUGA